AGUGCAGUGAAGUAAAGCAAAAACCCUGGUAAGCGCCAAGAACUCCCCAACUCUUCCUCCCUCUGCCUCCGACAGCCCUAUUCUACUCUCUCUCUCUCUCUCUCUCUCUCUCUCUGUACUCUCUCGUAACGGCUAACUAGGGUUUUGAAAAUACACACAUCAAACCAAAAUGGGAAGUAGGCCUUUGGUGGGGACAGAGGUCCCCAUCAUCGGCAGUGACUCCGUCAAGUGGCUCGAAGUCUCUCUACCUUCCACUUCGCCGCCUUCUUCCGCCGCCACCGCCGCCGAUUCCCAUACUUUGCCUCCGCCGUCGCUGUUGUCCCCGCAGACGGUGGACGCCGCUUCCUGCUCCAUCGUUGGAGACCCUCCCACCUAUCUCAUUUGGAGAAUUCACAAGGAUCAGCCCAAUGCACUGGAGAUACAGGAGCUCUAUGGUUAUAAAGAGUUUCCAGAGAUCGGAUUGCGAAUCAUCUUUCCAGAUGCACUCUGCCCAUUUGCUUUAAUAUGCAAGGAUGAGACCAAUUGUGCUUCAGGGAAUCAAUACCUUCUUUACACAUUGACUGUCUCAGGAGUUGCUUACCUGAUUAGGCUCAAAAGCAUUUAUAACUAUGCAUCAUGCUCUGUUUUCCCACCAAACGAGAUCACAGAGUUCAAUAUUCAAAAUUAUCCUCAUUAUGGAGCAAUAACAGCCGUAGCAGGAACAGCUGGAUGUCUGGUUAUUGGGAGAAAUGACGGGUCUGUCAGUUGUAUUCAACUUGGCAUACUUGAACCUAGUGCUCCUGGCUUUGUGCAUGAACUGCGUGAUGAUGCAGGAUUUGGUCGCUUGUGGAGUUUAAUGUCAAGGAGGACAAUAGGUGCUGUGCAGGAUUUGGUAGUAUCAGAGGUGUAUGGGAAAAAACUUCUUUUUGUGCUUCAUUUUGAUGGGACCUUACGAGUUUGGGACUUUCUAAGUCGUAGCAGAAUUUUCAGUAAUACAAUGAGUAUUCCAACGUUGACAGGUGCUACUUUUGUAAGGUUAUGGGUUGGUGAAGCUAACAAUGAUACAAGUGCUAUUCCUUUGGCAAUCCUAUAUAAACGUUCUCCAGGAGUUAGCAUGGAGAUGAUCUAUGUUUAUAGCCUUCAUUAUAGUGUGGGGGACAGGAUCAUUUUAUUGUUGGACUCUUCAGUGCAACACAUCCCAUUGGAGGAGGGUGCACUCAUUGAUGUCAAAAUUACUUCAAACAAAAUAUGGAUACUCAAAGAAGAUGGACUAAUAAUGCUGGGUUUGUUUAAUACAACUGAUAAUGGGGGGGUAGCACAAUGCUAUUCUUUGCAGGAAGCAGUUGUUGCUGAUCAACUAUUUCAAAGUUCUGAACAUUCUUCAGAUGAUCUUCUUUGGCUUGCUCAAUCAAUUUUUUCAUCUUUGAAGGAUCAAAUUGUCCCAUUUGUGUCUUCUAUUUUCUUACGUAGGCUACUUUCUCCUGGGGUUCUUCAAAGUACUGUUCUCCGAGCAACAUUUCAGGAUUAUAACAAGCACUUGGCCAAUUCCGAGUUCUAUUCCUUAACUGUUGACAGAUUGAAAAUGGAAAUCCUUUCACUUGUUGAGCAUGAGGGGAUCUCUGAAAGUCCAGUUUCAAUACUCUAUCGCUGGAAAACCUUUUGUACACGCUAUUUCCAUUGUUGGUGCAAGAUGAAUGCACCAAUUGGUUUCCUCAUUGAUUCAUCCAUGGGUGCUAUUGGCUUAAUCAGAAAAAAUUCAGUCUCACUCUUCCGUUGUUUGGAAGAUAUAGAGUUUCUUAUCUACGGUUCUUUUGAUGAACUUGGAGAUAUUGUAAGCUCUGGGCUGGAUCUUUCUGAUGAUAACGUUGACCGUGAGAUUCUUUUUGAGGUGCUCCGAUGUGUCAGUAAUGUCAGCCAACAAUUGGGAAAAGGUUCUUCUGCUAUAUUUUAUGAAUCACUCCUUAGUGCGCCAUCUAUAUCAUCUGAAGAAGUUGUGCCUCGCUUGCUGAAGAUUUUAGAAACAGGAUAUAGUUCAUCAGUAACGGCUUUUCAUAUAUCUGAGCUGGGAGCUGAUAUUGCUUGGGAGAAGGAAAUGGCAGAUCACAAAAAUCUGAGGAAAUUCUCUGUAGAUAUGUUUUUGUCACUUCUUGCUUUGUCAAAUAAAGCUACUGCAUGGGGAAAAGUUUUGGAUGUCAUAGAGAACUACUUAAAAUUUCUUGUACCUCGCAAAAUUAUACAGAAGUUUGAUUCUGACGUAGGCUUCAACAUCAACACUUGUGUCAUGAUCCAGGCUACUUCUCAAGUUGCAAAAGUGAUGUUUGAAUCUUCGUUGGACAUACUUCUGUUGCUAAGCUAUCUGGUGAACAUCGGUGGGCAGAUUCAUAUAUUACAUGAUGAUAUUUCCAGAAUACAACUUGAGCUGGUCCCAAUGAUUCAAGAAAUUAUUACUGAUUGGCAUAUCAUCCAUUUCUUGGGGACCACAUCAUCUGAAUCCCCUGCUACUGAAGAUUUCAGUUAUCAACUUUCAUCUUUACAAAUUGAUAACAAUAUUGAUAAGAGAUCAUGGAAUGUGAACCUUGGGAAAUGCGACUUCACAUUGGCUUGUAUACUGUUAUUAAAUUUUAGAAGUUCCUCUGAAGACCAGGCUUACCUCUCGGUAAAAUGUCUGCCUGAUCCUGGAAGCUUUAUCAGUUCUGUGCGGAACUUUACUAGCUGGAUAAUGUGGGGCAGGACUGGGGAAGAAACCCCUGCAUUCUUCAGCCAUUCAACUGAGCUUGCUUUAAUCUUACUUAGACAUGGCCAGUAUGAUGCCGUUGAGUAUCUACUUACUAUUGUGGAUGCACAUUCACGGAAGGAGAAAAUAUCUGAAAGUAUUCAGAGUGGUGAUGGUGAAUGGGGCAUACUUCUCCAUCUUCUUGGAUGUUGCCUCCUUGCUCAAGCACAACGUGUACCACAGGGACUGCUGAAAGAGAAAAAAGUUUCUGAAGCUGUUCGCUGUUUCUUUAGAGCUUCAUCAGUACAAGGGGCUCCCCAGGCUUUGCAGGGUUUGUCUUAUGAAGCAGGAUUGCCGCAUCUUGGUUUCACUGAUUGUCAAUCAGCUGCAGUGUGGAAGCUUCAUUAUUAUCAAUGGGCGAUGCAGAUAUUUGAACAGUAUAAUUUGAGUGAAGGUGCUUGUCAAUUUGCUCUUGCUGCUCUUGAGCAAGUUGAUGAAUCUCUUGGUUCUAAGGAUGACAACUCUGGAGCAGAUACUCUAAAUGAAUCAGUUAAUACAGUUAAAGGACGUCUUUGGGCAAAUGUCUUCAAGUUUACACUGGAUCUCAAUUAUUAUUAUGAUGCUUAUUGUGCAAUAAUUUCGAAUCCAGACGAGGAAAGCAAGAAUAUUUGUUUGAGGCGUUUCAUAAUUGUUCUUUAUGAGCGUGGUUCCAUUAAGAUUCUUUGUGAUGGUCAACUACCUUUUAUUGGUUUAACAGAGAAGGUAGAGCGAGAACUUGCUUGGAAGGCGGGGCGCUCAGAUAUUUCAGCAAAGCCGAACCCUUUUAAAUUGCUUUAUGCGUUUGAGAUGCGCCAACAUAACUGGAGAAGAGCAGCAACUUAUAUUUAUCUAUAUUCAGCUCAAUUGAAAGCUGAAGCAGCUUUCAAAGACCACCAACGCAGGUCCCUGGUUCUGCAAGAGAGGCUGAAUGGGCUCUCUGCUACUAUCAAUGCACUGCAUCUUGUUCAUCCUGCAUAUGCUUGGAUCGAUCCUCUACUUGAAGAAAGCUCUCUUCAGAAAGAACAUUAUUCAAGUAAAAAGGCUAGAUUAACGGUGGAUGAACAGUCGGCUGGCAAUGGUAUUCAAACACAAAGAUUGCAAUCUUAUGUUGAUGUAGAGAAGCUUGAAAACGAGUUUGUGCUAACAUCAGCUGAAUAUAUGCUCUCAUUGGCAAAUGUCAAAUGGACAUUUACUGGGAAUGAAAAACCCCCGCCGGACUUGGUUGACUUGUUGCUCCAGGCAGACUUAUAUGACAUGGCUUUUACAGUUAUUUUGAAGUUUUGGAAGGGUUCGGGAUUGAAGAGGGAACUGGAAAGAGUCUUUAUUGCAAUGUCAUUGAAGUGCUGUCCAAAUAGAGUAGGUCCCUCAUUGAUUGGGAAUGACAUUAAAAUGUCCGGUCUCCUGUUGACAUCAUCAAAAGAUGAAGUGGUUGUUCAUGGUUCACUUGAUACGAUUCCUCCAACGCAUCAGUCUAAAGGGAAUACCCAGUGGGAAACACUUGAGCUCUAUCUUGAAAAAUACAAAGGAUUUCAUUCCAGAUUACCAGUAAUUGUUGCAGAAACUCUUCUUUCUGCUGAUCCUCAAAUUGAAUUGCCACUUUGGUUGGUUCAGAUGUUCAAGGGUGUUCGAAGGGAAAGUACUUUGGGGAUGACUGGCAAUGAAGCAAACCCUGCAUUCUUGUUUCAACUAUAUGUUGAUUAUGGCCGGUAUGCAGAGGCUACUAAUCUCUUGCUUGAGUACUUUGAAUCCUUUGCAUCAAUGAGACCAACUGACAUCAUUCGUCGAAAAAGGCCAUCUGCGGCUUGGUUCCCGUACACGACAAUCGAGCGCUUGUGGUGCCAACUUGAAGAAUUAAUCAGAAUGGGUCACAUGGUCGAUCAAUGUGAAAAGCUGAAAAACUUGAUACGAGGGGCUCUGCGGAACCAUCUCAAUCUACUGAGAGAAGACUCAGAUGAUGUGCAAUCUUCUGCAGCUUGCUAAAAAAAAUUCCAUUGAUGGCUAAUAUGUUGCUAAAUGACAAAGAUUUUGUGGAGAUCAUGACGCCAAGUGCAAGAGAGAGUACGAAAUAAUGCUGAGUGAGAAAGUUGAGCUUCAUCGUUCUUUACGUAUGGAUUCAGAUCACCCUCAAUGUCCCGUUCUCCUGAAUUUGGGUUUUGUGGGAAGAAACUUAAAUGGGAGAGCAGUAUAAGAAUAUCAAUUCACACAUUUUGUUUAUAGGGUGAUGUUGUAUGGACGAAGGGAAGGAAAUGAGCAGUCUUUUCUUUUUCUUUUUUCUUUUUUUGGGAUGGUUAAUUUAUGGUCUACACAAACAGGUGCUUGCUCUUUGUUGAUAGCAGCAUCUAGUCCUUUUGCUGUAAAAUUCAUAAAUCAAUUAUUCAUCUUGAUGUGCAUCCUGUUGUUGUAUGUGCUUGUGACUGUCCAUGUAAUUGUCUUUUUGGGUACGGAAAAGUAAAUUCACAAGUUGUUCUGUGGA